AUGUCAGGAACCCAUACGAUUCUCCAUCUUAUUGCAGACUCACAGAAGCAUGCGGUCAAGCCUGCUGACACAUCUAUUGAGAUGAAUCACAUGUUGUGUGAAGACAUGGACCAAGAACCAACCAAUAAGGAACAGUACCAACAUCUUGUUGGAAGGUUGACAUACAUGGCACACACAAGACCAGAUAUUGCAUAUGCUAUGAGUAUGGUUAGUCAGUUUAUGCAUUCAUCUAGUGUUUCUCAUAGGAAUGCAGUUGAUCGGAUCUUAAGAUACUUAAAGCUAGCCUUUGGGAAAUGA